CACUAGCAGCCAUCUUACUUCCUCAAAAAAAAAAAACUUCAGUCCCAAAGAAAAACACUACCAAUCUCGGUUACAUGGGUGACCACAUCGAGGACAGUUAUGGAGCAAUAAACCAGUGCCAUAAUACAUAUGCGAGCGAGCCAUAAGGACAUUAUAUGACAAGACUAAAGUGAGGGUCUUCCUGUAAUCGUAGCUUCUGCUGAUCUCCAGCGAUACCUUUGACUCCUCGGCUGAGGAGACAUGGAGGACCAAGGGGGCGCUGGGAUUGGGGGCUUGUUGGUACCCAGCCCCCAGAGUGAGGCUGUUACCCAUGAGAUGGGCGAACUGUCUCUGCAUCCCUGCCAGAAGCUUCCCCCUCUCAACGAGCGCAAGAACGUACUCCAGCUCAGGCUGCAGCAGAGACGGACCCGCGAGCAACUAGUUGAUCAGGGCAUCAUGCCACCCCUGAAGAGCCCUGCAGCCUUCCACGAGCAGAUCCGCAGCCUUGAGAGAGCCAGGACUGAAAAUUUCCUAAAGCACAAGAUCCGCAGCCGUCCAGAAAGGUCUGAGUUGGUACGCAUGCACAUCUUACAAGAGACAGUGGCUGAACCCUCUCUACAGGCCACCCAACUAAAACUGAAGAGAGCUCGAUUGGCCGAUGACCUGAAUGAGAAGAUCGCUCAGCGACCCGGCCCCAUGGAGCUGGUGGAGAAGAACAUCCUGCCUGUGGAUUCCACGGUCAAGGAGGCAAUCAUUGAUGGUCAGAUGCAGUACCCGAAAAUUUUCGAGGAAUACCCAAUAGAUGAGGACAGUGAUGCCCUUUCACCUGAGCAGCCUGGCAGUCAGGAGUCUCAAUGUUCUGCAGCCUCACCGAGAGAUGUUCGGACUAUGGAGGAGCCCCUACUAUUGCCCAAUCACUUUAUACAGAAGUUACCUACAAUCACAACCACUUCAACAGAGUUCCUCAAGCCUUUUUCCACCAAUGAGCCAUCAGUUAGCCCUCCUGUGCCCAUGCCACAGCCAGUCACUGUGGCCCCUGUGAAAUCUGGACCCACCCUUGUAAAGCAGAGUCAGCCUAAGUUACCUGGAGAUAAGAGCCGCAGCAAGAAGGGCAAGGAGGCCAAGUCACGUGUGAAAAAGUUAAAAUAUCAUCAGUACAUUCCCCCCGACCAGAAACAAGAACCUGACCAGGCCCCUAUGGACUCCUCGUACGCUCGAUUGCUACAACAACAACAGCUAUUUUUGCAGCUACAGAUCCUCAGCCAACAGCAACAGCAGCACUACAACUACCAGACCAUUCUUCCUGCACCUCUCAAGCCAGUAAUAGAGGGCCAAAACAGCAGUGCCACAAUGGCUAUCAACAGCACCAGCAGCCUUCCUGCUUCCAUUGUGGUGUCUCUGCCCACAGGAACACCUGUACGGCCUAACAGCACCCUUUCCAACCGCAAGGCUGGCGUACUACCAGCCAACCUGGAGGAGAUGAAGGUGGCAGAGCUGAAAAUGGAGUUGAAGUUACGCUCCCUUCCUGUGUCGGGAACAAAAACAGACCUUAUUGAACGCCUAAAGCCUUUCCAAGAUAACCCUGUUGCUUCUGCACCCAACAACUGCAACGGGCCUAAGACACAACCCUGUGGCACCCCUAUGGAGGUAUCCAGCACAACUGUAACACUCAUGCCAAUCCAGCAAACCUCGGAAAAUAUGAUCUCCACUUCACCCAUUUCCCCUGGUUCCACAGAACAUCACAACAAAGAGGAGGGAUCAUUGGAGGCACAGAACCGUAGCAGCAGCAGUGUUGUAAAAGCGCCCCCCGCUCCUCAGGAGCACGACCGACGAUUACACGAAAAAGAAAGACAGAUUGAAGAGCUGCUACGUAAACUAGAGCAGGAGCAGAAACUAGUGGAGGAGCUGAAGAUGCAACUAGAGGUGGAAAAAAGAAGUGGACAGGUUGUGUCACCUGUAGAAAGCAACAACAGCCCAAUCUCCUUGUUGGCCUCUGUCAAAACUGAAAGCGCACUUCCACCCAACUGCACAUUGGGUUCACACACUACACCAACUCUGGUGAAGCUUGAGGAUGCACACCCUCCUCAGAUCACCGCUACGCCUCUCCCUCAGUUUAUUAUCAGCCAUCAGGGGGUCAUUGGACAACCUCAGACUCUUCUUACCACUCAACAUGGGGGCACACAGAUCCUUCUUCCGAUGCCCCUGGCAAAUAAUACCACUACCUUCCAGCUGCCUAACACUAAUGCCAAACUGCAGCAAGUCUUGCCAGCUGCUGUGUCACCAUCAGGGCCAGGCAUAAUUCAGACUCCCCAGCUACAGCCCAAUAAAACUGAGAGUCCUACAUCACGGCAGCUAGUCAGUCACAACCAAAUAGUUCAGAACAUACCGGUGGGCAUCUCCGAAGGCUCAGGUUUUCAACACGGUCCUAGUGAGAACCCAGCAGGCCUGGAGAUACCUCAGUGCUUUUUAAGCAGCUCCCCAGAGCAUAGGAUCUCUCAUCGGGCAUCCCCCAUCCCACCCUCACUUAUAAAUGGGCCAAAUAAGCUCCAGUCCUCCUUCAUCCAGCAGUCCUCAGCUUUCAGCCAGGCACCCAAAAACAGAGAGCCGCCCCGUUACGAGGAAGCUGUCAAACAGACAAGAAAUCUUCAGAACCCCACCGUUUCAGAGAUUCCCACAGUAACAAGUCAACAGAUGGAUGAUCUCUUUGACAUUUUAAUAGAAAGCGGAGAGAUCACCCCCUUUAGUCAACAGGACCCAUCUGUGCCUAAGAUGAUGCCUGUCACCGCCAGCAUCAUCACGCUGCCUAUCAAUACCGCCCUUUCCCGACCGCCCGCCCAGGUUCAGAUGGCACCCCCGCCGGCGUUAAUGGACCCCAUGCCCAGCCUGGCCUCCCUGGACUCUGACAACCAGCUGGAGGCCCUGCUGGAGGGCACGCUGUGCAGCGACACAGAACCAGUGCAGAGGACUUUGGGCCUAUUGGACGAACUGCAAAACCAGAUCCUAGAGCAACCCAGUUCCCCAAUGGACACUUGCGAUCUGGGUUUCAACGACCCGCCUUCUUCCUCCCUCUCCUUGGGCCUGGACAAUAUGGAGUGGCUGGACCUUACUAUGCCCGGGCCCAUGGGCGGACUCAACUCGCUGGGUAUCACCUCUGAAUUCCUGGAUGCGCAUGACCUGCAGCUACACUGGGACUGAGGGGAAUCACUUACUGUCCUUAAAACACAUUUCUUCAUUCACAUCUCAAACAUGUGGGUCUUGAAGAAGGCUAAAUGGGGAUCUUGACUAAAAAAUGUAAAAUCUGUCACUUAACUUAAAUCACAACGUAACAUCUCCUCUUGUUUUUUCGAAAGUAAAAAGUCAUACAAGUUUGAAACAGCACAAGGGGGAGUAAAUGAUGACAGAUUUUUCAUUUUUGGGUGAGCCAUCACUUAUAAGCUGGCAAAUGAGACCCGAGGCCCAGCGGGGUACUGUUAUCAUCUUGCUUUGAGAAGGCUCAGCUGUAUACUUCACUAAUGCUGUGGUUUUAUUCACCAUCUGUUCUUAUUCACAUUAAUGCUCUUGUUUGAUUGAAAUGGGCACUGUAGUGGGUACGCUGGCUAGAUUCUGGUUGUGCUUUCCUUUCUGUGCCAUGCUGUGGGAAGCUACUUUGGGCGGAUUGAAUUCUGCUGCUUUGCUUCCUUCAUGUGCCAUUGACUUCAGAUUGGUUUUGCAUUCAGACUACAAAUAGCAGUUAAAGUCCUAGUCCUACAAAGUUUCAGAUGCUAUGGCACAAGUUUGUACAAAAUUGACUAACCCUGAGCAACAACACCUUUUUCUGUCUAGUUUUUGGUUGUGAGUGUCUGUAUAGAGGAGAGAUACCUCACUAAAUCAAACAACAUUUCCCAGAAUCCUCCAUUUUUACUGCAGGAACAGCCUGAUGUCUUCAGGACGUUCAGUGGCAAAUGAAGCGAUUCAUUGAUCAUAUCACAGUUUUUAGUUAAGAUGUUAACCAAUCCACCUUUCUGUGAUCUACUCUAAAUCUUAAGGAAAGAAAUUUUGUUAAAAUGACGAGAUGGGCAGACUUGUUUUGGUAGAUGUUCUGUUAGCAUAUAAAGCACAUGGACAGGCUUUGUUUGGUUAGGAAAAUAGCAGACAGACGUCAUAUUUUCAGUCAUAGGCGGCGCACAAGGAAAUAACAUCGUAGAUCAAUUCAUAGCCAACUUCAGUUGUAGACGUUAAACAGGCAGUUUCAUGUAAAAUCUCUUGAACACACUUUUUUUUAAAGAAACACCUUUUUUGUCACAUUUUGUAUGUGAAUCAUUGUGUACAGUAUGUGAUUAUUCAUCAUAUGCUGCGUGUUUGACAACGAAUGACUCUUUUUAGUUAGUUUUACGUGCACCAUACUGUAGGAAAAUUUGUGUUUUUCCCUCUUUGAAUGCAGUUUAGUUUGGCACAGUGCCCUUUUUUUUACAUUCUCGCUUGUUUGUUUUUUGUUGCCGUGGAACGAAAUACUGAUAGAGACUCUUUUUGAAAAAAAUAUGUAAAUGAAGUCAUAUUUCACAGCUGACACUAAAUACAAAGGUCUUUCUAUCAGCACUAUAUUAUGUACGAACAUAACGAACAGGAAAAUGCAAAACACUAUGUAUCAGAAGUUGAUUCGUUCAGUUAAAGCGGUUACUGACUACACGCCGCUUGUGAAAUGCUGUGGCAGCUUAAUAAUUCUUUUUUUUGAGGGCAUCAGAAAACAAACUCAUGUGUUUGUCCAGUUUGGUGGUUGUACGUCAAAAUUUAAAUCUUUUGCAGACCUGUUUUGUUUUUGUGAUGGUUUACAUUAGCACCAUCAGUCAUGUUUGUACUAAUGUCUGUGUGCAUGUUUGUAUGGUUUUGUGUGCGUGUGUGUGUGUGUAUAUAUGUGUCGGUUUUUCUUUAUACCGUUUGUUCUGCAUAGAAAAAAAUACCUACAGACCUUUCGAAUGAAAUACAGUAUCUGUAUAUAAUGAAGAUGAAAUAUCUUGGCAGCAUGUGAAUAAUGUAAUUGAUGUAAUAUCUAUGAGAGAAGCACAUCCUUUUGUUUUAAUCGUUCACUGAUUUUUUUUUUUAAUUAUAUCUAGUAUUUUUUUAUUUUGAGACACCUCAUGGAAAGUUGUAACCUUUUUUAUUUUUUGCUCUAAAAAUAUUACCUGAUCUGUACCAUUUGCCCAUCAAUAGAUAGAGCCUUUCUGGUUAGUAAAUUUGGUUCGUACAUUUACAAGAUGUAAAGCAUCUUCUUGCUGCAGUGAUGAACUGUUCAUCACGUAUCAAUCGCACAACAUCAAAAGCACCUUUACAGAUGAGCUUUUUGCUUCGGUGUUCUUUGUGUUAUCAGCUCAGAUGUCUAACUGAGCGUUCACACCAGACGCAGAAGAGGUGGCAAAAACGUGCUAUUUGCGCGUUUUUGGACGCUUGAACAUUUGUCUUCUCUUUUGGGAUUUCAAAAGCACGUUACUUGCUUCAUUCGCACAUGAAAUUCUAGUCAUUCGAGACAUUCACGUGUAAAUUAGCGUCAUGGGCGGGGCUUAAAUUGAGUAAACUUACCAGAUCGACCUCCUCACUCUUCCAAACAAGAUCAUUUUAAUUCCUGUAAAAGUACGAAGAUGUCUUGUGUAGCGAUGAUGAUUGUCCUUCGUUGUUAUUUUGUUUUUUUACCUCCGCUUGGUUCCUGUAAUCAUGUCUUUGCUAGAGCAAACGCGCAAUUGGUUAACGCUGCGCAAAAAUCCGCCAAAGUUGAGAUUUUUCAACUCGGAUCACGUGGCAACGCUUAAUUCGCAGAUGUCUAUUUGCGUCUUUGCAUUGACUUAAAAUGGAAAUCACUUGCGCUUGCCGCCUCUUCCGCGUCUGGUGUGAACGCACCAUAACUGUGCGUUCACACCAAACACGGUAGAGGUGGCAAAAACGCACUAUUUGUGCGUAGUUUGACGCUUUAACAUUUUGAGUUUACUCGCUUCAUUUGUAGGGCUGGGUAUCGAUUCAGAUGUUCCAGAUCGAUUCAAUUUCGAUUCGCAAGCUAUCAAAUCGAUUCGAUUUCGAUUCUCGAUUCAAUUUUCGAUUCCGGAUCUCGGGUCGGUUUUUAUACUCAAUUCUCAAUUUAACAAAUACUAUAUUAAUAAAAAAGAACAGUGAACAUAAGUUUACAAGUGGGUAAUUAAUAAAAAGAAAUUAAUAGCCACAACACUAUCGUCGUCGUCGUCUUGCUAGCGAAAUCUAAAAUGCCUCCAUACCUCUUACUUUUUAUGUGAAGGUGGCAUCAAUGUCGAUGAAGCACCCAAAACUGCCAUUUAAGGACUAAAUGAAAGAAUGACAGGCUCAACUCUCGCUCCUUGGUAACAUCGCGCAAGGCAAAAAAGAGGGUGACAUCUAGUGAAGAAGACUAGUAAUUUUAUUAAUGUUAAUCUUACGUUCAAUGUUUGCAGAAAAAAAGAAAAAAAUCGAUUCUGCUCUUUGAGAAUCGAUUCUGAAUCGACUACGUUUUAAAAAACGAUUAAUCGAAAAAUCGAUUUUUUUUUUGCCCAGCCCUAUUCAUUUGCAUGUGAAAGUCUAGUAAUUUGAGGCAUUCACGCAUAAAUUCGCAUCAUGGGAGGGGCUUCUGCGACUCCACUUGCUUCCUGUAAUCAUGUCACUACUAGAGCAAGCUCCUGAUUGUUUAAGGCGGCACGAAUAUCCGGUAAGGUUCAGAUUUUUCAACUUGCGCGCCGCAGGAUGCCUAUUCGCGUCUUUGCAUUGACUUAAAAUGGAAAUCACUUGCGCUUGCCGCCUCUUCCAUGUCUCGAAUGACUAGAAUGGUGCGUUCACACCAAACGCGGUAGAGGUGACAAAAACGUGCUAUUCGCGCGUAGUUGGACACUUGAACAUUUUACUCGCGUCAUUCGAGACAUUCACGUGUAAAUUCGCAUCAUGGGAGGGGCUUUUUGUGACUCCGCUCGCUUCUUGUAAUUAUCCCACUACUAGAGCAAGCUCCUGAUUGUUUAAUGCAGUGCGAAUAUCCAUUAAGGUUUAGUUUUUUCAACUCGUGCUGCAAGAUGCCCAUUCACGUCUUUGCAUUGACUUAACGUGUAAAUCACUUGCGCUUGCCGCCUCUUCCACGUCUGGUGUGAACGCACCAUAACUGUGUGUUCACACCAAACGAGGUAGAGGUGGCAAAAACGCGCUAUUCGUGCGUAGUUGGACGCUUGAACAUUUUGAGUUUACUCGCUUCAUUCCCGCAUGAAAUUCUAGUCAUUCGAGACAUUCACGCAGAAAUUUGCGUCAUGGGAGGGGCUUCUGCUUCUUUGCUUCUUGUAAUCACGUCACUACUAGAGCAAGCUCAUGAUUGGUUAACGCCAAAGUUCAGAUUUUUCAACUCCCGCAUUUCCUGCAGGAUUCCUAUUCCUCUCUUUGCAUUGACUUUACAUGUAAAUCACUCGCGUUUGCCGCCUCUUCCGUGUCUGGUGUGAACACACAGUAAAGAUUUGUGACGCUCAUGUCUGGGGAUUCAUCGGCUGUGUCCAAAUUGUGACCUCUUCAGAAAAGAAAAAUGCCAUGUGUUGAUUUGAACUGUACGAAGAGUGUAAAGCAAUUGUUUGGCUAUUCAGAGCCGUUCUACAAUCCACAUUGAAGUUUUUAACAAAGUUUAGAUGAAUUGUGUUUGUUUAAAGAGUGAAAAUGCCACUAACCGGUUUGAAUUGCAGUUGGAGAGUAAAGCAAUAAGUCAACUUGUGUUUUAUACACGGUGCUGUAUUGUAUACGGUAUAUGCAGUUGAUCAGGUAUAAAAGUAUCAGCGUCAUAAACCCUUUAUUUGCACGGACGUCUGUUCUAGCUGAGCACCGCUCGUGUUUUGGACUUUUGGAUGUCAAAGCUCAGCCCCUGUCAAGAUUCAAGUGCACAAGUCACCUAAAUUUUCCUAAUCAUUUCCAAUCAUGUUUGCUGGACCCAUCUACAUAAAUGUCAUGCUCUUUUUAAAAUGAUUAAUGUAUAUUUUGUAUUAGCGUUGAUGACACUGGGCGAUAUUUACUGCCGCCAUUGAACAUCCUCCAAAGCGGGAGAUCAAUUGUCAUUUGUAUGCCAUUUGUAUGUUUUGCACAUUGUGUAUAUAUUUUAAUGGAUGUAAUACAUAUUUUUAUACAUGUCUGGCGCAUCCAUGAGCUCUAUUUUGUGAAUAGUUUUAAAGAGUCACGUAUAUAUACACAACAUCACGUGUCAAUGAAAUUUGAUGUAUUGUAAAAAUACCGUCGUAGAGGAUGUUUAGAAUCUCUUAAAUAUAUCAAAUGAAUGACAUACAAA